UCUCGCGAUGUUUCCGGUCCAGAGGAAGACGCAGCUCUAACACCAGGACGGAACCAGCACCAGCAGCCCGACCAGAACCAGAACCAGGACCAGAACCAGAACCUGACCCGGUACCAGCUGGACCUCCGCCCCGCUAGCAGCAGAACCACAGCAGGAUGACGGCUGCUCCCUACAACUACUCCUACAUCUUCAAGUACAUCAUCAUCGGAGACAUGGGCGUGGGGAAGUCCUGUCUGCUGCACCAGUUCACUGAGAAGAAAUUCAUGGCCGACUGCCCUCACACCAUCGGGGUGGAGUUCGGGACCCGGAUCAUGGAGGUUCACGGCCAGAAGGUGAAGCUGCAGAUCUGGGACACGGCCGGACAGGAGCGGUUCAGGGCCGUCACCAGGUCCUACUACCGGGGGGCCGCGGGGGCCCUGAUGGUCUACGACAUCACCAGGAGAAGCACCUACAACCACCUGAGCAGCUGGUUGACGGACGCCAGGAACCUGACCAACCCCAACACGGUGAUCAUCCUGAUCGGGAACAAGGCCGACCUGGAGGCUCAGAGAGACGUGACGUACGAAGAGGCCAAGCAGUUUGCAGAGGAGAACGGUCUGCUGUUCCUGGAGGCCAGCGCUAAGACAGGGGAGAAUGUAGAAGAAGCGUUCCUGGAAGCCGCUAAGAGAAUCUACCAGAACAUCCAGGACGGGAGUUUGGACCUGAACGCUGCCGAGUCCGGAGUCCAGCACAAACCCACCCUGACCCCCCAGGGGGGCCGGGUCCAGGACCAGGGCCAGGGGGGGCCCCGGGAGGGCUGCAGCUGCUGACCUGGACCUGGACCAGGACCAGGACCCUAGACCAGGUUCUGAAGGACCAAAGAGGUGGAGAAUCCUGGACCUGGACCCGGGUCCCCGAGGAAAAACCGGUUCCACCGAGAACCAGCGCCUUAAACUCCGGAGUCCGGACCUGGAACCACAUCAGCACCUGGAACCAGAACCAGAACCAGGAACCGGAACCAGAACCCCCUGGACCUGGAACCAGAACUGGAACCAGACCUGGACCCCGCCCCCCCCGGACGAUGGAGGACAGGUUUCCAUGGCGACCUCUCCUCCAUCGAGUCUUUACCGUCUGUCUCUUUUCUCUCCGUGUUUUCACUUCUGAGUCUUUUAUUAUUUAUGAUAAACUUGUGAUGAUUUUCUUCAGCAGGAAGUUCUGCUGAACCAAAAACCUGGAAAUAUAAACCUGGAACUACAUCAACUACACACAUGUAAAUAAAGUUAAUGUCAUGUAAAUACUGGGA